AUGGCGGGUGUCGGUGUCAAUGUUCAAAACGUUGCUCCGUCUAUUUGCUUGCAGCAAAUACUAGAUCGCAUACAACCGUCAACAUCACCAAUCACUCCUGCUGAAAUGAUGGCACAGGUACUCAAUCAGCUGGAACGUAUGAUCGAUUGCGUUUUGGGACCGCAAGCAACACAUGGACUUGAUUGGCUUAUGAAUCUUUACAUGCGUUGUUGGAUACACGGAAAUAAAAGAAUACUGGUUCAAACGCCCUCCGUCGCUCAGGGCGGAGUUCCUCGUGCAUGCAUCAUCAUCGGCCUGGAUGCAUUUGGCUAUCUGCGAGUACGUGAUGUGCAGAAUGGUGCGGAGUACACGUUGCAUCCGGACGGAAACUCCAUGGACAUGAUGCGCGGACUGAUUUGCCCCAAAUAG